AUGUCGGAGGUUGCCUCGGGGCUCGCUCGGAGGGCUUACUGGUUGUGUGCUAAGCGUGGCUGCAACGCUUGGAAUUGGUGCGACAAGCGUUGGACGUGCAAGGCGUGUGGCACCAGUGCUCCCCCAUGGACGAAGGAGUACCGCUCCGACAAGGUCUCCCCUCGGGUGGACGCCGACGGGUUCGUGCAGCAGCCCAGGGGAAGAGCUGACCAGCGCGCUGCGAGGCGCUCCGCCUCCCAGCGGGCCCUCUCAGGGAGCACGGCACCCAGCAGCGCCCCCAACAGCAGGACACGGCGUGAGCGUUCCUGGGGAGAGGCCAAGUCUCAGCACGAUGAGCUCCAGGCGCAGCUCGAGGCGGCCAAGGAGCGGGUCGACAAGCUCCAGGCGGCCGCGGCGCUCGGGCUCUCGGAGGACUUCCAGCGAGAGGCGGAGAAGGCCCUCCAGCAGGGCAGGGACCAGGUCGCCGCCCUCGAGCAGUCGGCCCAGGAGGCCCAGCGGACGGGGCGCCCGCCCCACUCGGUCUUCCACAUCGAGGCCAACGCCAUCCAGAAGGUCGAGCGUCAGCUGGCCACUGCCCGCACCAAGAGGGAGAAGCUCCAGCUGCAGGCGGCUGAGCUGCGUGACCUCAUCGCGGAGAAGCAGGAGCAGCUGUCUGCGGCCGAGUUGGGAGUUGAUGAAGUCACUGGGCAGAUUGCUGAGCUGGAAGAGACCAAGGCCAAGGUCACGCAGCAGGCGAUCCAGAGGGCCAACGCGGCAGUCGGUGGUGUGCCGAGCCCGCUCGGGGACGCUGUCCAGGGGCUGCUCACUCAGGUUGGGGCCCUGUCGGACCUCCUCAAGCAGCACGGGGCUGAGCUGCCCCCCAGGUUCUCGGAGAUCGUCGACAUUCUCAACACGCAGAAGGAAGCGGUCGCUGACGUGCUCAGGCCCCGCAGCAGCUCGGCCAGGAAGCGCUGGGGCGACAGCGUUGGCGACGACGGCCUCGCGACUGAGGACGAUGACAUGCCGCUCGACAUCGUGUCCUCAGGACCCUACGGGCCCGCAGUGGCCCGUGGCCAGCACGGAGCGACUCUGGGUGCGUGGCCCCAGGCGGAGCCCUGCCUCGCCAAGGCCCUCGCAGAGCAAGGGGCGGCCAUCUCGGACGGCGACCCCUUGGCUGCCGUCAUCGGCAGGGCGCCGCUGGAUGACAGGGCAGGAGGCCAGCAGCUCCGAGCUGGCCUCGUCUUGCUCGGCUGCAAUGGCAAUACUUGGAGCAGGAGCAUUGAGGUCAUUGAAGCCUUCUUCAAGGCGUACGACUACUGGCCCGACGUUGUGGCGCUGCAGGAGACGAGGCUCCCGCACGAGCGCCUGCCCAGUGCGGCGGCUCAGGCCCGAGGCCUGGGGUACGCGGCCUUCCUACACGCUGCAGUGUUGACGGAGAAGCAGGGGCCCCUGGCGACCUCAGGCGGCGUGGCGAUCCUGGUGCGGGACGGCUUGCAGGCCGACGAGUCCGCGGCCCCGCUGCCCUCGGCAUUGCGGCACCGCCUCAUCGGAGUGGAGAUUGCCGCAGCAUCGGGCCUUCGGCUUCUGGUGCUCGCUGGUUAUUUUCAGCACUCUCUGGGCCCUCGAGGCACCAACCUCGACAUGUUUUCGGCCAUCUCGGAGGCGACGUGCCAUGCCGAGGGCUGUGACCACCUCUACGACUGGUUCGUGGCUUCUGCGGCGUUGGCUGCCUGCACGGCCUCCUGUGCCACCACGCUCGAGGGCUUUGGUCUGCACCCUCAUCGCCCUGUCCUACUUCGCCUACAGGAUGUUCGGGCAGAUGCGUUGGUUGAGGUUCCGUCCAGGCCCGCCCGCUUCCCUGAAGUAGCCCCUGAGCUCCUUCGGGCACACGAGGACGCGGAGAUUGUGCGUUACUCGGUUGGCAAGAAGGGGCAGGUCACGUCCAGGGAGGUCUCAUGGUCCUGGGACGUGGGCUCUGCUCCGACCAACCUCUCCGUUGCCUUCGGCGAGUGGGCGGCAGCUGCAGAAGGCACCCUGGUCGGCAUCCACGGCAUCGGCCAGGCUGACCUGGCCCGUCAUCUCGGCAGAGGAGAAGGACCGAGGCUGACCCUCAAGCCGCUCAGCGCCCUUGUCAGGCGGGACGCCAGGUUCAGGUUCAGCCUCCUCACGCACCGCCUAAGGAGUUGCCUGGACGUGGCCCUCCAGCGGGUGCGCGCGGAGAGCACUGGCCGAUGGCACCCUCGGCGUGCGGACUGGUACGGGCACCAGGCCGAGCUCAGGGCGCAGCUCUUGCUGGAGGCGGUGCAGGAGGCGGACGACUCGGUCGGUCAGGGUCUUCCUGGUGCUGCGCCUGAGCGGUUGAGCGACCUGGUGUACCAAGCGGGCGUCCGCGGCAGUCCUGAGGCAGUGCGGGACCUCCAAGGGCUGCUCUAUGCUUCGCAGCGCCGCGAUGCGGCUCAGAGUGCCCAGGCCUGGCGCAGCUGGGCCCAGACAGCGGUCGAGAAGGGCGGCCGCCUGGCCCACCGCUUCUCGAAGGCGACGCCCCCGCCGACGGUCAGGGAUGCCGACUCGGGCAGGAGGCUGGUGGGUAUGGCAGCGAUUGGCGAACUCACGAGGGUCUGGCAGAAGCUAUGGCUCCAGGACGGGUUUGCCUCGGGCGCAGGGGCCAGCAGCUGGGAUGUGGGCGAGUGGCAGUUGCCCCCCAUCUCGCUGGAGCAGCUCCAGGCAGCCUGCAAGCGCUACAGCCCCUCGGUGGGCCUCGGGUGCGACUCCCUGCACCCUCGGCAGAUCCUCCUUCUGCCAGUGGCGCUGCAGCUGCGCAUCCUGGACAUCCUGGCGGCCUACGACGAGGCCCCUGCAUCGAUCCACGGGCAGGUCUCCCUGAUGGUGUUCAUUCCGCAGGCAGACGGUGGGGUAAGGCCCAUAGCGCUGCUGCCGUUGGUCCUGCGGCUCUGGGCUGGUUGGCUGCACAACUGUUUCGCGGGGUUCGCGAAGUCGAACCUGCAGUUCGAGGCCGCGAGCCUCUUCCUGGACAUCAGCAAGUUCUACGAGCACGUGCGGCACGACGUUCUCUGGGCGAAUGCGGUACGUUUCGGGUUCAACCUCAGGUUGCUGCGCGGCCUCCUCACGUCCUACCAGGCCCCUAGGCUGAUCCUCGCGGCGGGCAUGGCCUCCCCCGCCUUCGGCACUACGGGAACGGUGUUGGCUGGGUGUGCGUGUGCGACAGCAGUUGCGAAGCUUCCAGUACUGGGAGCUCUCCUGGCAGCGGGGGCGACGAGCCCGUUGGUCACGCCGAGGAAUGUUGUCGACGACAUUUCGCUCCAGGCGGUCGGCACGGCUCGGCUCGUGAAGCUGCAGAUGGUGGCCGCCAGUUGUGAAGUUGUCCGACAGCUGCGUGAGCAGCACCUCCCACUCAACGAGAGUAAGUCGGUCUUCCUGGCCUCGUCGCCGCAGCUCGCCAAGGAGCUCUCCGAGGCUUGGGCGGUGCAUGGCUUUACCUUCAAGAGGGGCCUUCAGGCGAGGAACCUCGGCACCGACGCCAACAUCACUCGUCGUGGAGUUCAUGAAGGAGCUGUGCGUGCGGUCGGCGGCCUUCGCCGAGGACGCAGGCUAGGGGUGCUUCGCUCAGCUGGCGCGGCUACCGAGAUGGUCCAUCGUGCUGGGCCCACCGCGGCGAUGCUGUGGGGGCGCACUGUGACUGGUGUUCCUGAUAGGGAGCUGCAUUCGUGGCGCCUGGCGGCGGUGUGCUCAGCUGGGAAGUUCCCUAAGGGCGCCUCGCUCGGGUUGAGACUCAGAGUGGUGGAGGUCAUGAAGUCCAUCGACCUCGACCCGAGCCCCGCGCUGCUCCGUGCCGCGGUGCAGAUGGCGGCCAGUCUCCUCCAGUCGGGGGAGGUCCCGCUGCGUAUGUUCGAGUCGGCUGUGCAGGAGGCAGUGCAGAGGCACGCGGGAGCAGCAGCCCCAUGGGCGCACUGCCGCACGCCGGUGGAUGCCUUGGCCCUCUCGCUCUCCAGGGUGGGCUGGAGGCUUGUUCAAGGAGCCCGCCUCGCAACCGACGACGGCCAUCUCCUGGACCUGCGCAUGUUGGGGCCGCGCGAGCUGGGCCUGCUGGCUGCGGCAGGGGCACGGCGAGCGUCGGACAAGUCGGAGCUGGCCCGCCUCGGCCACGGUGCGCUCCCUCAGUCGCCCCUGUUUUGGGAGGCCUUCGCGGAGGUCCUCGGGCCUGGCAGCAAGCUCAGCCACAGGGAGAAGGCGGCGGUGGUGAGCUUCCUUUCCAACGCCCACUGGCCCCAGACCCGUCUGCACUCGGCGGGAGAGAGGGAGCACGCUCGCUGCUGUGCCUGUGAGGCCCCCCGCGGCAGCCUCUGGCACAGGCUGUUCGAGUGUCCUGUCCUUGCGGGGGCCAGGUCAGACGCCAUGGCAGUCAUGUGGUGCAAUCGCCCUGCAGACGGUCUUCUCGGGGGGCGGCUCUACCUGGAUGGGUCGGCGCUCGACCCCGAGCACGAGAGCCUGCGGCGUGCGGGAUGGAGCAUCGUGCAGUGCGACUCCGACGGCAACAUGGAGUGCGCGGUGUACGGCAGCGUGCGCCAGGACCUCUGCCCGUUCCAGACGGCGAAGGACGGCGAGGAUUUCGCGGUCUGGAUGCUGUCUCGCUUUCUGGGCCCGAGCGUUGACGAGAUCCUCAUCGAUUGUGCGUCCACGGUCAGUUGCCUCACGUUGGGUAAGAAGUACGCGACGGCAGCCAACAAGCCCAACGCCCACCUCUGGGAGGGGAUCUACGCGUCGCUAGACGUGGACACGCUCAAGGUGACCAAAGUGGCAGCCCACUGCACCGCCAGAGACGUGAUGGAAGGCAAGAUCACGGAGGCGGACCUCCGUGGCAACGGACAUGCAGACCGCUGGGCCAAGGCGGGGGCGGAGCUCCACCGUACCAGCCCAGUGGCCAGGCGCGAGUUCUUUGGCACGAUGGAGGUGGUGAGGGAGCUCUCUUGCUGGGUGGCGCAAGCCUCCCUCAUCUGGCAGGGGAUCGAGGUCAAGGACUGCGAGGGCCUCCCCGAGGGCAGCGAGCGGGCGGCCGUUUCCUUCGCAGUGCCAGUGGUGGAGCCCGCCAGCAGCCGCCCUCCCGACCCGUGUUCAAGCGACGGCGGUUGGGCGUGGCGGCAGUCGGUCAAUGGCGCGGCGCCCAAGCUCACGGAGCAGUGCCCAGGGUCGGCUGGACUUCCCAAGGGCAGGCGAGACCAGAAGGCGCGCUGGCUGCAGGGGCGGCACCCUGCUGGCACGCCCCACAGCGGCAGCAAGCGGGUCGGAGCGUCUGUGCCCAGCUUGCGCAAGGAGGACGUGGUGCCGAUGGCCGCUAGGGUGCGCUUCCUGCAGUGGCUGGGUGUCCGCCCCGAGGAUGCACCUGGCGGCGUGGCCGCCGACGCCUGCCGCGGGCCCCCCAGCGGUGCGGCGGCCGCAGGUGAGGCGGAGGCUGAGCCGUUGGCGCCUGACCCCUCGGGGGCCUCGAGGGAGGCUUGGCUUGGCGCCUACGGGCUUGACGAGGCGAGCCUCCUCGAGUGGUCAGCCGCAGCAGAGACGGCGCGCGAG